GGGUCACAUUGCGAUCCAAAACCAACACCUUCCUUGCCAAAAUUUAUGCCGCACCAACUGAUUGAUACAGAAGUCUACGUGGAUCCAUGCACCCACUCACUCAUUCAUUUCCAUUCAAUACAGUACAAUAGUUGACAAUGACAUUCUCCACUGCGGAUAGUAGUAGCAGCCUACAAGCGCCCCCAACGCCUCUACAGGCCGCCAUUCGGCAUCGGUACACCAUGGCCGAAACGCCCGGGAAAAAAGAUUUCGCAUCGUCAACGUCGCGAUCCACCACCAUGAGUUCCUCCAAUCUGUCUUCUAUUCGGCGGUUGCAACAACACCAAGCCCGGCAACAUCAACAAGCUGUGCCGCCCAUUACUCCAAUCUCUUCCUCCUCGGGAGCGUCUAGCAUUGCCAGUGUCAGCAGUGUGGAAAGUUUGGGAGAUGCCAACAACCGACGAGUCACCUUCUCGUCGCUACUCGAACUGCAACAGCAGCAGCAGCAACAGCAAUCCAAGAGCACUACUACCACUAGUACUAAUAGCAGUACCGCUAGUGGAGCCACACCUACGUCCAUUCUUCGAUCGCCGCCCAUGAGUUAUGUCAGCAAGACGCUGCGUCAACAGAGUGGAACUUUUACUCCCAACUCGGCAUCGUCGCAAACAGCACACACCAUUGCCACGACGGGCACCAGUAGCUUUAGCAUGUCCAGUACGACUCCAUCUCCAACCUCCUUUGCGGUGCCAUCGCCCUAUGGAUCCAUCAUUACGCCGGCUGCGGUUCCGUCCACAACAGCCAUGGUGGUGUCGCCCGACUUUACUACCGAAGCCACUGCUACUACUAAUAGUAUCAUUCAAGAAGAAGAAGAGGACAAUCAUCAUCAUCACAUUGUCCCAUGGCCAGAGGAGGACACUCACAGCUACAAUAUGUAUGAACCCAACAAUACAUCCGCGGAGGCCAUUUUGGGACUGGAAGAAACCGAUAUGGUCCGCAUUGACAACAUGCAUCAGCACCAGCAACCCAAUUCCUCCUUUCUGUCACCCAAACCUACAUCAGCUUCCGCAAUCACAGCAUCCAUUACACCCUCCACCGCGAAUAGUACAGCAGUGGUCACUCCUUCCACCACGCCUACAUCAUUGUCACAAGACCAAGCUGCUGCUACUAGUACUCUCAACAACCAUGGUGCUACGAGUCCCAACUCGAGUCUCAACUACAGUGCCAGUCUCAACUACAGCAGCAGUACGCUCAACCAACACUCGGCAGGGGCUGCGCCAAACGAGGCCAGUCUCCUCAACUACAGCACUAGUACCCAGCAGCAGUCUUUGGUGGCGGUUACUACUGAGGCCGAGGAGGAGUUCAACAUCGACAUCCCCAACAUCGACAAUACCAAUGCUCCUUCCAACAACAGCAACAACCAUUUAUCACUCAUUGCAAAAGAAGACGACAAUUGGAGACGUCAUGGCCAGGCAUAUCGGACGCGGUUGGUCGAACACGAUGAACAAACCGGACGACAUGCCUUUGAAAUGAGUGAUGAUUGCUCACUCAAGCGAUACCAUUUGGUAGCCGAAAAGGUUCUCAAUCAGUUCUUGGAAACACGCGAAGACCCGCACGUGAAUCUGCGAGAUACCUACCUCGUGGGCACUCGAUUGAGCAAAUUCUUGUCCGUCGUCUUGCCCACACACAAGGAUUAUCAUUCCACCGACCCGGAACUCUCGAAAUUGAGACGGCUAUCGCAUCAAAGAUCGCUCACACUGCAGCAUUACUUGGAAGAACUGGCCUUGAUUAUUGACGAAGAAGAACACAAUCAAUUCGUACUGCGAGAUUUGAAUGAUACACUCGACAAUCAUACCACAGCCGAAGACAGUAGUGCUGCUACGUCUCCGCCACCGUCUGUCAUUGCAGCAGCCAAACAGUCGAGUCCUAGUCCAACAACAAUAACAACAACGGCAAGUAGUAGCACGGCGCUGGUACCUGCAACCUCGACGGACAUAAUUACAUCCGCAUCACAGGAACUACAAGAGCAACAUCAACAAGCAGAUGACGGAGACGAUUCCUGGAAGGCAGUCGACACUCAUACCGUUGCCUCCUUGGAUACAAAUUGGUUCAGUACUGGUGGGUUUAGUACCGGUGCAUUCUCGGAUCCCUUUCCUCCCUCCGAUAUGGCAGUCAGUCCUACCAUGAUGCUCAGCAGCAGCAACGACAACCAGACCAAAGACCGGUACCUCUUGAGAGACCAAGAACAAAUCAUGCAGAUUACGGGUUCCAACCAUCGACACUCGCGGCUGGACCACGAGAAUGUUGACUUUACCAACAUGUCUCUGGAAGAUGACACCCAAACACUGGACUCGUUUGCCAAAGGAUUGCAUCAAAAGUCUUCCGCCUCCACGGCAUCACCCCCGUCUAGCAUUGCUACUACAGAGAGCCGAUGGAGGAUUGCUCCAUUUUCGUCUUCCACCAAGAAAUCUACUGAUGAUUCAUUCAAGGAGGGUUGGGGGACCUCGCCAUUUCUCAAGACACCAGGCAAGUCAUCAGAGAGGCGCGUUUCCUGGAUGCAACCACCUCAACGGGAAGAAGAAAGGGCGUCGCCAAAUGUCACGGAUGCCAUGUCAUGGUGGGAUAAUGCUGCGGACGAGAGCAAGUGCGAAAUAUUGCCUCCGGUUCUGUCAACCGCAUCCUCCACCGAUGCUCAGAUUGAUGCCCCCGAGAUACAUACUAGUAGUACUGCCAGCGAGGAACCACAGCAUACCAAAGUCAAGGCAAGGAGGUCGUCGAGAUAUAUGGUUUUGGAAGAGCACGAAGCGCACCAAAGAAAGAACAACCGACGUAAGCAAGUGGCGCCAAACGGUGCAAUAUUGCUGAACAAUGACGACGAACAACAGCUCUUGUCCAAGGAACCAUCCGAUGUCAGCCGCGAUGUGGACCUGUCUCACGCGAGCACCAUCCUCGAUUCGAACAAAGCCAAGGGAAAGGACGCUCAGUCAUAUCGUCAUCGCGGCAUGUACCAUUUUCGAGAAUGCGUUCGAUGCUUACUGGAGUGAACGAGCAAAACUCCAGACACUACACAUGUCAUGCAUGUUCCAUGUCAAACUAACGCAGAAAGGGAGGGGCGCACAAUGAAUUGAAUAGAGCCAGUAGUGGUACGAUAAAGUAAUGGCAUGUAAAAAUGGAUAAUGUUCAUAAUCACACGUUCAAUGUGUC